AUGUUAUUCAACCAAGUUCUGAGCCUUGUCUCCCUCGUCGCUCUGCCUUUGGUAGUCAAUGCCAGUUGCAACGUCCACUUCUACUCGGCCUCGGGCUGCUCUGGCUCCUCGACCGCCUCUUGCGUCCCUGACGACACUUCGGACGGUAGAUGCUACUGGACCACGUGGGUUGGCUCCAUCUAUUUCGAAGGCUGUGAUGCCAAUGAAAACGUUGCAUUUGUGGGCUGCAACGGAUCGCCUUAUACCUGCGCCAAUGCCUGGAGCAUUGACGUUCCGCCCACCUUCAGCGGCUGUUCGGAGAUUGGAACCUAUGAUGGCUUCGCCCACACCUACGACCCCAACGACACUACUUGCUCGGACUGUCCCGAUCUUGCCAUCCCUAUCAUGUCCGUCAAGCGGGUUUUGGUCAUCGCCGGCUCGGACAGCUCAGGUGGCGCUGGAUUAGAAGCUGAUCAGAGGGUUCUCGCUGCUCAUGGUGUUUAUGCUCUGACAGCGACGACGGGUUUAACGGCCCAGAACACCUUGGGGGUGCAAGACAUCUUUAUCGUCCCUGCACAGUUUGUGAAGAAGCAGAUCAAUGCUGGGUUGGAAGAUGUGGGAGCAGAUGUUGUCAAGUUAGGGAUGCUCUCCUCUGCAGAGACAAUCGAUGUCAUCGCUGAGGCCUUGACUUCGCAUCAAAUCCCCUCCGUGGUUUUGGAUCCGGUUAUGGUCUCUACGAGCGGGUCUCAAUUGUUGCCCGAAGUAGCUGUUCAAAGUCUGCGCACAAAGCUACUACCCCUGACGAGCAUCCUCACCCCUAACGUCCCUGAAGCGAAACUCUUACUAAAAGAUGCCGGACUGGACGUACAAGAACCGAAGGACCUCUCCGACCUCAUUCAACUCGCAGAGCAAGUUCGUGCUUUGGGUCCCAAGGCCGUCCUUUUGAAAGGCGGUCAUUUACCGCUUACAGCCGCCCACAAGGCGGCGCAGAACCCGGAAGAUGCGUCAACAGUGAUCGAUAUUCUGUAUGACGGAGAGAACGCGACCCUCUUUGAGACUGACUUCCUGGUGUCCAAGAACACUCAUGGCACGGGCUGCUCUCUGGCGUCGGCCAUCGCAGCCAAUCUGGCUCUUGGGAAAGAUCUGACACGAGCAGUUCACAGUGCUGUCCGAUUUGUCGAAGCGGGAAUCAAGACAAGUGUUGAUAUGGGCAAGGGAAGUGGGCCAAUCAACCACUUUCACUCCGUGUAUUCCUUGCCUUUUGCGCCCGGCCGUUUCCUGGAGUAUGUUCUCGCCCGACCUGAUGUCCGUCCGAUCUGGAAGAAGUUUACAGAACAUGAUUUUGUUCACGGCCUGGGCAGCGGCAAGCUCCCUGUGGAGCGAUUUAAGCAAUACUUGGUUCAAGACUACCUCUACUUGGUCCAUUUCGCCCGCAGCAACUCGCUGGCUGCUUAUAAAGGAAAAUCCAUGGCGUCUAUUGCUGCGUCUGCCAAGAUCGUAUUACAUAUCGAACGGGAGACAGCCUUGCACUUGAACUACUGUGCCUCCUUUGGCUUAUCCAAGGCAGAGAUGGAGAGUCAUCCUGAAAGCAUUGCCUGUACGGCAUACAGCCGGUACAUUCUCGACGUGGGACACUCUGAGGAUUGGCUCGCACUGCAGAUGGCUCUCGCACCCUGUCUCAUCGGUUACGGAGCCAUUGCCAAGCGACUGCACACUGAGAAACACACCCUUCGAGAGGGCAAUCGCUACUGGCAGUGGAUUGAGAAUUAUGUUGCCGAAGACUACACAGAGGCCGUCCGAUUGGGAUCUGGUAAGGAUACAAUUCCUCUUCGCGAAGCCUACGUGCCUGACAAAAGAGUUUUAGAACUACUGGAGACACACAUACGACAGGCCUCACCCAGUCGGAUGGAGGAACUGAUCAAGAUCUUCAUCCGGGCAACGGAAUUGGAAAUCAGCUUCUGGGAUAUGGGAUUGGGUGACCACUCACGAGCGCACAUGACUUCAUUAAAGGCAAUAAAGCAUAAAUCAAAGAACACGCUCAACAUCUUCCUCCAAAACAAAUGGGACAUCAAUGAACCGACAAGCGAGCUGAAGCCUCCAGCGCUUGGAUAUGCUAUUGAAGACGAGGAGAUGACCAUUUGGCUUCUCGAUCAUGGAGCAGACCCAAACCGACAAUGUUCGAUUGACCUCACGCCAUUGUCUUAUGCCGUUGAACGUGCUUCGCUUCACGCCAUCAAGCUUCUUCUAGAUCGCGGAGGAGAUGUCCGCAAGGGUGCUAUUGACCGACAGGCGGAUAUCGUCGAUGUGCUAGCCAUGCUCCUUGAAAGGGGUGCGCCAUUGAACUCGAAGAUAUAUGAGAGUCAUUAUUUCUCAUGGAGACUAUAUUACUUCAUGGGUCUUGGCACCGCUCUACACAAAGCAGCAGAGUUAGGCAAGAUAGAUGCAGUGCACUAUCUGAUCAGCCAAGGGGCAGACACCAGCAUCAAGGAUGCAACAGCUCGGACUGCAUUGGACUGUGCGACAAUAUCUGGUCAUCUGGGAAUUGUUAAGCUGCUUCAAUCAGAAAAGGGAAAAAUGCCACUCCUGAUCACUAUUUGUUAG